AUGCCACUUGGCAAACAUUUCUGUUCAGGGGGCCUCGGGAUGAAGCUGGCAUCCUUGAUGUCAGCUCCAGAGGCUCACAACAUAACAACAAUGGAUAAACUUACCAGCUCGGAACUUAUUCGCUUGAUCUUGCAGGAAUCUCCACCUGCCAACAGUGAAGAGCUAGGCCAUGUAUUAUUGUUGACCUUCAAGUCCUGUACAACUGAGGUUCCAAAGGCAAAGGAUCUUAAAGUUCCGUUGAAGAAAAUCCACCCUGACACCAGGAUUGAAGCAUUUCAGCAGGUUCAGAAUGAAGCAACCCUUGUACCACUCUAUAACACGCAGGCACACUGUUGGAACUGGCCACUCCCAGACUCACAUUUAGACAAACUCACUAGGCGAAAAAGUAAGCAGGCAGGAGAGAAGAGUAGCAUGAACCAGGAAGAGAGGGAAGGAGAAAAUAGUGGAACCAUGAAUGAGAAGUCGGGAGAUUGGGUUUUUGUCAAUGACACUGGCGCACCCACUGCCUCUGAGUCUCAGGCUGAGAGUGUUGGCCAGCCUGAGGAUGACAAAAUGUCAAUAAAUUCCAGAUCUUCCAGUGUCCAACAUGGAACCAACAGUGGUGACAGAACCCCAGUACUCCGUGAAGUCGUCCACAAUAACACAAAACCAUGGAUGACCAAACAGAUUUUUGCAUCCUUCUAUAACAUCCUUUCCUUCACCCUCCUCCUGCAGCAGCCUGCACUCGCUCAGAAGCAUAACUUAUCUCAUGUCUGGAGUGCAUCAAACUCCUCAUGCCCAACUACUAAGGCAAUCCAAGAUGCGCAGAUUGUGGAUAGUGAGACCGCCCAGAUUGAAGAGACUGUGAGCAAGCCUGCCAUAGAGGACACAGUGCCCAGCCCUGCAGCCAACAUCCCUCUAAGCAUGGUCCUCCCCAUAGAAGAAGUCCCUAAAGAUCCUCUCUAUCUGAUAUUCUCCACCCAAGGCCUCAUUGGUCAUGGCACGACAUGCUAUCUGGUCAGGAAGGACGAGGAAGAGUAUAUUAUUAAGGAUCACUGGGUUCUCGGGGGUAAAUCGGAGGUCCUGAAUGAAAUUUGUAUGAUGGAGAAGAUGGAUGGGAUCUGUGGUGUUCCUUGCCUUGUUGAAUAUUGGCUUGUGGAGAUGGAGCCCAGUGAGGUUGAUGAAACAGUGAAGUAUCAUCAAAAGGUCCUGCACAGCAUACAAGGCACCUCCUGUACACAUGUUUGCCUGGUCUUGAAGCCCUGCGUGCAACCCUUGUAUCAAUUCCGUUCACAUACAGAGUUCUUAACCGUGAUAUGGGACAUCUUGAAGAUUCAGAAGCUUGCAGUGGAGCAGAACCGGGUUCUUCAUCAUGAUUGUAGUUUGAAUAAUGCAAUGAUUGGGGAUGAUGGUAAUGGCUCCCAUGGGAUGUCGAUAGACUGGGAGUUUGCUGAGAGAUUGCACGAGACGAUCAAUAUGGUGUCGGGGGCACAGGCACAAUACCUUUCAUGUCGUGAUCGCUUCUCUUCCAGCUUUACCUCAACACACUGGGUCCAUUGGAUGAGCGCAUGGGUACACGAGCCUUAG